AUGCCGCCGCAGUUCCCCACCAAGCCCUCCGCCGCCAUCGCCGGCGCAAAGCGGCCGGCUUUCCUCCCCACCGCCGGCUCGCCUCCGCCCAGGAAGCUCGCCCGCCCGGCGUCCGCGCCCUGCCUCCCCGCGCUCGCCCCCAAGAAGCCCGCCCCCCGCCCUCCUGCGCUCCCCGCCGCCAGGCCCCGGCCUCCCCCUCCCGCGCCGGCGUCCAGGCACCCCAAGAAGCCGGCGCCGGCGCCAGCGGACGCGGAGGCGGCGCCGUGCCGCGCGGCCGAGAGCGUGCACCCGUCGCGGCGGCUGGCGUGCGGGACGGCCGUCACCGUGCGCACCAGGCUCCUCCUCGACCACCACCGCUGCUGCCUCCUCCUCUGGCUGCCCGCCCGGGUCGUCUCCUCCUCCGACGCCUACCACUGCACCGUCAAGUACGCCGCCCACCUCAACCCCAUCUACGCCGGCAAGAUCGUCCGCGUCCCCGCCGCCGACGUCCGCCAAGCCCCCUCCUCCCAACGCCCUUCCUCUGCCAAGCCGGAAGUACACGUCAAGAGCCGGCCCCAACCUACCGCCGUCACCAAGUAG